AUAUUAGCAAUAUUAAAUAAUAAUAGUCUAUUGUUAAGAAUGUAAUUGAAUUGAUUUUCAAACACAGAUUGAUUUGAAAUUGAAGUUGAAAUAAAGAUACUAAUAAUAAAACAAAACAUGAAUAAAGUGCGAUAACAACAAAAUUAUUAUCUUUGCUGACUUUCUUAUGCUUGUAUUCGAUAGGCAUAUUAAUGUGUGUAAAAUACUUAUUUUUUAACAAUUAUCACACAAAAGAUACAGGAUGUUCAAUAAUAAGCGCAUUUGACAAUAAUAUUAAAUUUAUUUUGUUUAAAAUUAAAAAUAAUUGAUUACUGACAAAAUGUUGUGAUGCAAAUAGCUUUUGAACUGUAAUUAAUCUAGAAAGAAAUAAUCUUAUGCGUAUGAGUUGUAGGAUUAGAAGAAUAUUAUUAAUAUUUAUCGGAUUAGUUAAAGGUAAAACUUCAAAAAUUUUAAUAUUAUGUUGAAUAAAAUUUCGAUAAGCGGAAGGAACAAUGUUUUCAUUUUCAACAAAUAUCGGAGAUUUACCUUGUUCACCGAAUACAUCUAUUAAUGGACACCUUGUAUUGUAUCAUGUCAGCAUGCUGAGUUUGUUGUUUCCAUUUAUUCUACAGAGUUGUAAAAAAAGCAUGUAUGUUCAACGAUUCGAGCUUAUCUAUACAAUGUUUUAUUACUUUUCCUGGUUCACUUACGAAGAGUGAACGCCUUCGUACUACAUAUUGAGAUCGUGAGAUUUUUAAUGUAUCCGAUUAACAUAUCAACAUUUAGCAAAUAGAUAUAUGAUUAUUUAUUAUAUAAAAUUAUUAAAUAUUAGGGAUUAGUAUGGUAUGAGUAUUUUAAAAAAUGAUUUAAAAACUUUCUUCUAAAUGGAAGAAGUAUAUUCAAACCGAGAAUCUGUUAUUAAUAAAAAAUACAUUAAAAAUAAAUUCCAAAUGUGAAACAGAGAAUCGAGAACCAAAACAAGAUGUUAGUUGUUUGCUAAAAUCUUUAUUUAAGUAAGGUAAACGUUUCGGUCAAUAUUUGAUACAAUCUUCAGUACAAUUUUUCUUUCGCAGUCUGAAUUAUUACAUUAAUUGAGGUCAGUACUAAAAUCUGAUAUAAUACGGAAAAUUUUUAAAUCGAAUAACAGUAAUCGAAAAAUAAACAAUUAAUCUAAUCUACAUGCGUACCUGUGAGACUGCUCGUAUCACCUCUAUUAUUUUUUCAAUUUAACAUGUUAGUCGUUAGGUUUGUAAAGAACAACUAUGAGGCCUAUUGGGUUGAAGUGGUAGGAGAUGUGAGAUGGGGAAACAUAAGGGGGGAGAGGGAAACUAGUGUAUUAGUCAAGAUUAUGUUAUAUGGAUGGUAAUAAAUUAAUUAACGGAGAAUAUGACUCGGAUAGGAGGUCUAUGUCACUUUGUUUGUUGGGCCCAAUUGUUGGUUUUGUCUUUUAAUAUAUAACAUUUCUGAUGUUAAUCUUUUGUAGUAAGAUCGUUCCCCGUCAAGUAUCUUUAUGCCAUCCCAAUCAAAUUCAUGGUUAGAUUGUAAACGGUGACUUGAAAUUACAGAUAUAGAGGAGCAUUUUUUAAUGUCAUUUUUAUGUUCUUGUACUCUAGUUUUAAACUGCCUCUUCGUCUGGCCUUAAUACGACGCAUCACAGUCACUGCAUGAGAUUUUAUAAAUCAUAUUGCAGUGAAAUGAUUUGUCUAAUGUGUUGUACAUCUUUCUGUGUUUCAAUGAGUGGUUUUAAAUCAUUAAAACGGUAAAAAGACAGUUCAAAAUCAUGUCUCUUAGUUAUGUGAGUGAACUUUUUGGAAACAGAUCUUACGUACGGUACCGUAAAAUAUUUUUUUCUUUCAAAUUCCUUGCCUUGAUUAUUAUUACUAUUAUCAUUGUUAUUUCUAUUGUAAGAUUGAUAUUUUAUUUUUUCGCGUAUGUUGUUGAAAAUGAGUCUUAGAGAGUAUCCAUUCUUUAAUAAAAUCUCUAUUAUUUUUAUUAAGUUUUUUUUAUGGAAUCCAGGGUGUGAAAGGAAUAGAGAGCUCUAUCUACUAAGCCCAUAAUUACAUCUUUUUUGUGAGCAAUAGGAGUUGAAUGUUGAGAGUAAUAAUUAAGGUAUCUACCCGAAAAUGAUGGUUUUUGGUAUCAGUUAAAAAUAAUGUUCCUUUACAAUCAUUCUGACGUCCAGAAAGUUAAGUUCACCCUUCAAUCCCACCUCAAUUGUAAACUUAAUCCUAUGGUGGAAGGCAUUGAAAGUUUCUAAUAAUUGAUUCAAGGAUUCCCUAGGGACUGAUAAAAUGAUGUCAUCUACAUAUCUGAAGAAUGGUGGUUCAAAGAGCAAACUAUUUAUUACUCUGUUUUCGAUGUCCUGAAGAGUGACAUCUGCGAUAAUAGGCGAAAGUGGAGAGCCCAUAAGUUUGUUUAUAUAUGGUGUCGUUGAAUUGGACAUAUUCCAGGGAGAAAUACAGGUCGAAGAAAUGUCUAUUAGACGUUUAUAUACGUCUAUUAGAUGUCUAUGAGACGUUUCUUCGACCUGUAUUUCUCCCUGGGAUGUGGAACUUAAAAUAAAUCUGACGGCACAAAUAAAUAUUAAAAAUACGUGAAAAUUAUGUAAAAAAAUUAAGAACUGUUUAUUUAUAUAUAAAAGAAAAGAUAAAGAUAAACUACAUACUUAAAUCCUGAAUUUUGUUUGUAACAGAGCUUUAUAAUGGCCAAGGUUCCCAUUUUGAUCACUUUAUUGCCGCAGCUAUUUUGUAUGUUACUAGAGGUAUUCGGACAAUCACCAUGUCCUCAAUAUUUCAUGUACAUAAACGAUCCUAUAACGGAUGAAGUGAUGGGACAGGUCCAAAUUCCAUCUCCGCCAAAAAAUGUUGAACUUCAUUUGAGAGUGGCCUUAAGUAUCGCCGUUGAAUUGCCUUCGGCAUAUGUCGGUCGACUGGAACUGGCGCAAUCAAAAGAAGAAUCCGUUCGAGUGGUUCAACAGGGCAAGCCUCUGUUAUACCAUAUUCACUUCCCUGUGUCUCAACCGUUUCCGUUACUGACUGGAUUAAUAUUUAACGGUCAAGUAUAUUGUUCAGGUCUUCGUGCGAUGGGACGAGUUGUGACUUCGAUCGUAUUGGAACAUACUUUAUAUCCACCGAACGUGGUGCCGCUCUCACAAAAUUCCUAUCCGAUUCACGCUACACGUCCGACUAAUCGGCCCACCACUCAACGCCCGAAGAAAAAACCCACCACUAUACAUCCAAUCACUACAAUCGAUUUGUCCGAAGGAAUCAACAAUAACAUGUUUCUAAACUCUGCCCAACAAAAUGCGAACAAUGUAUGCGGUGUUAGCACACACACCAAUGACAUAAAUCUACUCAUCUCCAAGGGGGUAGAAACAUCACCAGGCCAGUGGCCAUGGUUGGUAGCGAUAUUCAUUGUCAAGUUAGAGUUCAAGUUUCAAUGCGCCGGUUCUCUGGUGACCAACAAACAUAUCAUAACAGCUGCACACUGCUGCAAAAUAGACCAGACUAAUCAUAAUGUACCACCUAGCGUGUUAUAUGUGUCCUUGGGACGGUAUCGAUUGCGCGAGUGGUACGAACCGGGUUCCGUAAAUCGGGAGAUUGUUAGCUAUACGAUUCAUCCCGACUAUACGCACAUGGGCAAUGGCGAUUCCGACCUGGCAAUUCUGGUUCUGAGAACCCCAGUCCAGUUCAGCCCUACGAUCAAACCUGUCUGUAUGUGGUUUGGCCAAACUAACCUUCAGAGCGUUGUCAAUAAGUCAGGAUACGUCAUUGGAUGGGGCCGGGAUGAGUUCGGUAAUCCUUAUCUCGCGGAACCAAGAAUGACUAGAGUGCCGAUAGUGAGUCAGGAAGAAUGUCUUUGGAGCGACAUGCGUUUCGCUGGCUUCACUUCAAAUCGCACCUUUUGUGCCGGUUUGCGAGACGGCAGUGGUCCUUGCAAUGGUGAUAGCGGGAGCGGUUUAGUGCUUCAUGACGCUACAGGCCGUUAUCAGUUGCGUGGCAUCGUUUCACGGUCGCUGUACGACCACAACGAACUAACCUGCGAUCUCACGCAAUACGUUAUCUACGUCGAUGUAGCCAAAUACAUAUCCUGGAUUCAACAACAAAUCUCUACUACAUAGCCACCUUUACUACAGUUUUACAAUAAAUGCAAAAUGUACUAGUCGACUAGCUCUUUAAAAAGUCUAUUUAAAAUUGCAAUAUGUAGUUAAAAAAAUAUGAUAACGCAUAAGGAGCGAUAUAACAAUUUCAUUAUUUAAUUUUUUAUGUUGAUUCUUUCUAUUGUAUAUUGAAAUCAUCACAUAUAUACUGUGUGUACAACAAAGUACUUGUCUAGCUGUAUAUUUAAAACAAUCCCCGAUUAAAAAAUGAAUUUGUCUGUUCUUUAUCAAAAUUUAAUUGCAUGUCAUAUUCACAUUGAAAAGAAAAAAUCAUUAUAAUUGUAACAGUUAACUGUAAUUAUACAGUGACUUUAUACGCACAAUAAUUAAUAUUUAGUGUAUAAAAGUUAAAAAGCAACUUUUUUAAUUGUAAAU